GGCAGCAACGAUUGAAGAUAUAACGAAAAUGUUUUUACUCUGACGUGUUUUCGGUGUAAAUAUGUGAUAAAUUUGUAGUUUUCCCGUACAUUUUUUUAUAUAGCACUUGUUAGGCCAUGUCGUGAAUUGAAAUUUUUUGAAAUUCUCCUGAUAAUAUUUCCAAGUAUCUCAAAUUUAUUAAAAAUGGGUCUCUGCAAGUGUCCCAAGAAAAAAGUGACAAAUCAGUUUUGCUUCGAGCACCGUGUAAAUGUUUGUGAAAAUUGCAUGGUUACAAAUCAUUCUAAGUGUGUUGUGCAGUCUUACAUUCAGUGGUUGCAAGAUAGUGAUUAUAAUCCAAAUUGCCACAUUUGUAAAACGGAACUUGCUGAAGGGGACUGUAUUCGACUGACUUGUUAUCAUGUUUUUCAUUGGGAUUGCUUGAACAAAUAUGCCCUUAGUAUGUCUCCUCAAACUCCCCAAGAAGGAUACACAUGUCCUGUAUGCAAUGGUUGUAUUUUCCCCCCAUCAAAUGUUGUUUCUCCAGUGGCCGAAGCAUUGCGAAAUGCUUUGCUUAAUGUGAAUUGGGCUAGAGUGGGUUUAGGCUAUCCAGCUAUCGAAAACAACCUACUAGAUGAAAGUUCUCAUUCAAACAACGUCCAGUUUUCUCCUUUGAGAGCUGCUAGCUCACUUCCUCUUGAAAGUUCUGCAAAGCCUGCUCCAAUUAAUAUUAAUUCAGCUGUAUCUCAAAUGGAUAUGAACAGUGUGAGACCGGAACCAUAUGGAGCCUCCUAUACAACUUCUUAUACAAGUCCUCGCAAACUUUAUGAUGCUACAGAGCAUGGACACGUCAGAGCACCAACAAGAGAUCAUGAUGAAGAUAAAUACAAACGACGAUCUGCCUUUGAGUGGUUUGGAAGAUGGUUUAAGUCCCGAACAAUGCAUGGCAAGAAUCGUAAAAAGGAUCCAAAUGUGUUUUAUAAGAAAUGGAUGGUGCUUUUGGUGUUGUGUCUCAUUGGUCUCUGUACCUUGUGCAUUCUGUUUCUGAAGCUUGGUCGAGCUAGUGCUGAUUCAGAUCCCUUAUUGGACCCUCGCUUUAAUCCGAAUAUUCGAGUUGAAGACACUGCAGAUGAUACUCAUUCUAUAUCGGACACUAAAUCAAAAUUUGAAAAAAAUAUUCAACAUGACAAUAUGAAAGAAUUAUUACCUCCUUAGUAGAUAUAUAGACAUUUUUAGUUCUUCAACAAAUUGUAAUAAAUUUGCUUUGACAGUAUAUCAACAUAAUUGUUGCUACUUUUUAAAAAUGAUAUUUUUAAAAUGUCUAAAUUACUAUUAGUUUCAUGGGGAACAAAUGAUGCAUUUAAUAUAUUGUAGUAUCAUCGAAAGAAAUUUUUUUCACCUAUGUAAGAAAAGGAAUGAUCUUUAAACAUUUUAUUUAUGCGAGAUAUCAUCUGUUGAAAAAUUUACUGCAGACAAAUUUAAAAUAAUAUUGAAAGAGAGUGUUAAUGCUGUUACUUCUAAUUUGUUAUAUUUUGUUGUGUUAACCAAUUAUUUUACCUUUAUUUUGAAUAUAUUUUUUAAAUUAUAUCUAUGUUUAAUGCAUAUUUUUAUAGUUAAUCAAUUUUAUUUCCUCCUUAAUAAGUGAAUCACUUUUAACUUUAAUCUUAUGGUUGGAAAUAACAUAGUUAUAACAGACUAACAACUAAUUUUUUUUAAAAAUCUUUAAUCAAUCUCUUUGAAAGAAGACAUUAUACGGAGUUAUUUCUUAUAAAAUACUGUUUAAUUAUUUAAAGCUGAUAUAAAAGUUUAUCUUAUGCAUCAAUUGUGGCUUUGUAUUUUGCUAAUUUUUAGCUCUAAAUCUGUGAUUUUUAACCAAAAGUUUAUGCAAGUAUAUGUUCUAAUAUCUGUUUAUGUUUGCUGUAAACUAUAUGAUCUAUUUCUUGAGUUGCUGUUUAUU